UUGGUAACUAAUUACUCCACUAUAUAAGUAUCCACACCAAUCCUUCCUGGCACCAACGAAAACAUGCAGGCGAACCAAAAUAGAAAAAUGACACUUGUAAUCAUUGGCAUUGCAAUGCUAAUGCUUGUUGCAAGUAGUAGCUCCGACCCGGUUUGCCCGCCGGGUUACCCGACCCAUGGAACCCCAGUGUCCGGGCUUGACGUGGACUUCAUUCAGUUUGCACUGAAUUUGGAGUUCUUGGAAGCUGAAUUAUUCAUGUGGAGCGCCUUCGGGUACGGCCUAGAUCACGCGGCACCGGAGCUCGUGAAUGGCGGGCCCCCGCCUAUCGCCCCGCAGAAAGCAAAUCUCGACCCCCUUACCAGAAACAUCACUGGAGAAUUCGGCCUACAAGAAAUCGGCCACGUCAGGUCAAUCAUAAGGACGGUGGGUGGAUUUCCAAGGCCUCUGCUGAAUCUCAGCGCUGCCAACUUCGCAACGAUAAUGAACGAAGCCUUUGGUUACGAACUUGAGCCACCUUUCAACCCUUACCGCGACCCCCUCAGCUACAUGUUGGGAGCUUACACGGUGCCCUACGUAGGCCUCUUGGGCUACGUUGGAGCCAACCCUUUCCUCACCGGAUAUUACUCCAAACGCCUUGUGGCGGGGCUGUUGGGGGUGGAGGCGGGGCAGGACGCGGUGAUCAGGGAGUAUUUGUACGAGCGGGCGGGGGAGGUGGUGUGGCCUUACAAUCACACGGUGGCGGAGUUCACCUGGCGGAUUUCGGAGCUGAGAAACAGAUUGGCUAAGUGUGGCGUGAAGGAUGAAGGCAUCAUUGUGCCGGAGUGUAUGGGGGCAGAGAAUCAGACCGACACCAACCUGCUCUCGGCUGACCCCAACUCUCUCUCGUACAGCAGGACUCCGCCGGAGAUACUGAGGAUUGUUUAUGGCACCGGCGACGAGCACCUUCCCGGCGGCUUCUUCCCCAGGGGAGGGAGGGGCAAGAUAGCGACUCACUUCCUUCAACCCAAGCCAUGGAUCUAAUAUACUACUACUACUACUGCUGCUGUCAUUCUGUCAACUGUAUUUCCUCAAUAAAAAAACUAUAUCAAAUUUUACUUAUGAUUAAUAAGCCAAGCAGGUUAUGUAAUAGGGAUGUGGCUUGAUGUAUUGAACAUGUGAUUGGGAUAUUGACACAUUAAUAUAUUUAAUUACAGUUAUAUUAG